AUGAUUGUGGAUGGUUCUCCCCCUUUGCAUCUAAAGAGAAGGAGACUCACCACAGUUGAUAUCAUGGAAGCUGAAGCAGCCAAGGCCAAGUUUGCAGCUGUUAAAGAGAAGUUUGGGUGUGAUCUCCGUGUAUUUGAAACCUGCAGAGCCUCUUCGUCACCGACUCAAGUCUCCAAUGAUGAGGAGAUGGAUGAUUUUUAUGACUUCACUACAGAGGAUUAUUAUCGACUUCUGUCAACAAAGAAGGAAGAUAAAUAUCUAAAGACGAAAAAGAUUCGAGAUGCAGAAGAAGCUGCUCGCAGGUCAAGGAUAACUAAGACUACAAUUAGGGUUCGUUUUCCUGAUAAUCAUACAUUGGAGGCAGUAUUUCAUCCAUCUGAAAAGAUUCAGAACUUAUUUGAUCUUCUCUCAAGAGUGCUCGCUCAGCCAGAAGUACCUUUUUAUUUGUAUACUACUCCUCCAAAGAAGCAAAUCAAAGACUUAUCACUGGAUUUUUACUCGGCUGGUCUGGUUCCUGGCGCGAUCGUGUACUUUUCAUAUGAUAUGCCAAAAGGAGAGGAUAAUGCAGCUCACAAUUCUGGCCCCUUCCUCCAAGAAGAGGUUAUGUCUUUGAAAGGUUUGGAUGUUGUGCCCGAGCCAGUAGAGACUGCACCGGAACCUGUAAUAACAGCUCCUCCUCCUCCUGUUCCACAAGAGCCCAAGGCUGCUGGGAAAAAACCUGUCAAGCCAAAGUGGCUAAAAAUGUGA